UUGGAGCGUUAAUCAGAUCUUUCUGCGUUUGUUAUUAUUAUUGAAGAAAAGAAAGAAGAAGAAGAAGCGAGAACGACAUGUCGCGAGAGAGACCAAGAAGAGCUAAUCUACCUCCUGUUCAAGAGAAUAUAGAGAAGUUAGAGAAUGUGAUAAAUGAAGGUAAUUAUUAUGGAGCACAACAGAUGUACAAGUCUAUUAGUGCAAGAUAUUCAUCUGCUCAGAGAUAUUUUGAGGCUUUGGAUUUACUUCAUUCAGGUGCAUGCCUCCAAUUGAAAAAUGGCCAGGUUACUUGUGGGUCAGAGCUUGCUGUGUUGUUCGUGGAGACACUUGUUAAGGGGAAAGUUCCUUAUGAUGACAAUACCCUUGAUCGUGUCAGGGAAAUUUACAAGAUGUUUCCUCAGAUUCCUUUGCCACAACGCUUGGAUGAUUUCGGGGAUGAUGAAGAAGUGCAACAACUCACUGAAGCCAUUGGCGCAGCAAAAACACGUGUAGAGUGCUGCUCAUCAUUUUUAAGAGCUGCUAUUAGGUGGUCUGCAGAGUUUGGAGCUAGUAAAAAUGGAUCCCUGCAGCUACAUGCUAUGUUAGCUGAAUAUCUAUUCUCUGAAUCGCCUGAAGUGGACAUGACCAGAAUAUCAUAUCAUUUUGUUAGAGGUGAUGACCCAAUGCAGUUUGCUUCUACUUUGGUGAAUUUUAUGGGCAAGUGUUAUCCUGGGGAAGAUGAUUUGGCUAUUGCACGGGCAAUUCUACUGUAUUUGGCUUUGGGUAAUCUGAGAGAUGCUAAUCGUCUGAUGGACGAGGUAAAGAAACAAGUGGAAUCUAAAAAGCUCGACUUUCCCAAAUCCGAUUUGAUCCAGUUCAUCACUUAUCUUUUGCCAACGUUGCAGAGAGAUGCUUUUCCUCUGUUUAACAUGUUGAGAGCCAGUUACAAGUCAAGUAUAGACAGGGAACCUGUAUUUAAUGAGUUGCUAGAUGAAAUUGCAGAGAAGCUGUACGGAAUACAGCGGAGAAACCCCCUGCAAGGGAUGUUUGGAGAUAUAUUCAAGAUGAUAUGAUGACAGCAACAUGAAGAGAGUAUCAAAUAUCUUAAUAAGUUUGAUGCUUCUUUAAUUGGAAUAUUUGAUAAUUGUUUGAUGCAUGAGGGGCUUAAGCUUGAAUUGUGGCUGAGUUGUAAUAUUUGAUAUUUUGUCAAAAAGUAGAAGAUUUUCUUUGGUAAUUGAAGAAAAAUGCCUUUAUAUAUUUUCCUCAUUUUAUUGUAAAACUCGAAUUGGGUGAAAUUCUUUUUGUGGUUUCCA